AGCGAGCGGCUCCCGGCCUGCCGGGAUAGCGGGCUAAGUAGAGUCGGGGUCCCGUUGCCUGCCCGGGGCUGCGCGGAGCCACAGAAUGGGCUGAGGCGGUGGCGGUUGCCCGGACGAAGUCGACCGCGGGACGAGGGGCGCGACGCCGAAGUAGCCGCCAGGCUUGAGGAUGGAGAUGUAUGAAACCCUUGGCAAAGUGGGAGAGGGAAGUUACGGAACGGUCAUGAAAUGUAAACAUAAGAACACUGGGCAGAUCGUGGCCAUUAAGAUAUUCUACGAGAAGCCGGAAAAGUCUGUCAACAAAAUUGCAUUGAGAGAGAUAAAGUUUCUAAAGCAGUUUCGUCAUGAAAACCUGGUCAAUCUGAUCGAAGUUUUUAGACAGAAAAAGAAAAUCCACCUGGUGUUUGAGUUUAUCGACCACACGGUGCUGGACGAGCUGCAGCACUACUGCCACGGGCUGGAGAGCAGGCGGCUCAGAAAGUACCUGUUCCAGAUCCUUCGGGCAGUCGACUAUCUGCACAGUAACAACAUCAUUCAUCGAGAUAUAAAACCUGAGAAUAUUUUAGUGUCCCAGUCAGGAAUUACUAAGCUCUGUGAUUUUGGUUUUGCACGAACUCUAGCAGCUCCCGGGGACGUUUAUACAGACUACGUGGCCACGCGCUGGUACAGAGCUCCAGAAUUAGUACUAAAAGAUACUUCCUACGGAAAACCUGUGGAUAUCUGGGCUUUGGGCUGUAUGAUUAUUGAGAUGGCCACUGGAAAUCCCUUUCUUCCCAGCAGCUCUGAUUUGGAUUUACUCCAUAAAAUCGUUUCAAAAGUGGGCAAUUUAACACCUCACUUGCAGAAUAUCUUUUCCAAGAAUCCCAUUUUUACUGGCGUGGUCCUUCCUCAAGUUCAACACACCAGAAAUGCAAGAAAAAAAUACCCAAAGCUUAAUGGAUUGCUGGCAGAUAUAGUUCAUGCUUGUCUACAGAUUGAUCCUGCUGAGCGGAUGUCAUCUCCUGAACUUCUGCAUCAUGAGUAUUUUACUAGAGAUGGAUUUAUUGAAAAAUUCAUACCAGAACUGAGAGCUAAGUUACUACAAGAAGCAAGAGUCAACUCAUUUAUAAGGCCAAAAACAUAUUGUAAAGAAAAUGAAUUUAAGGAUGAUGAAAGAAAAAUAGUGUAUAACAAUACAUUGCUAAGUAGUUCUUUUUGGGGAAAGGAAAUGGAAAAAGAGAAAAAACCCAAGGAGAUCAAAGUCAGAGUUAUUAAAGUUAAAGGAGGAAAAGGAGAUAUCUCAGAACUGAAAAAGACAGAGUAUGAAGUGGAACACUGUCGACAGGAUGGGAUGGAAGAUGCUCACGCUGUGUCUGAGGACACCAGACCUGCAAGCAGCGAACCAGCAAGCCCCGUCAAUUCCAGCACUGAUUCCAGUGGCAUGAAAGAAGAUGCGCAGUCUGGAGGCUAUAUGACAAUGCCACCCAUCAAUCCAGCUUGCGGUAAUUUGAUGACUGCAAAUCUCAACUCUAAUCUCUCCCACCCCAACCCAAGGUUAGCUGAAAGAGCAAAAAGGAGGCGCACUUCUUUACAGUAUGUUGGACAAGCUGUGUCUGACAGCAGGCAGGACGAUGGAGGUGCCGUGCAAAGCCAAGUGGAGAAGAGUGUAUGUAAGGGUCAAAGUGGCCAGGUGGCAAAUGGAAACAAAAGGAAGCUGAAUUUUUCCAGAUCUGACAGAAAAGAAUUCCAUUUCCCAGAACUGCCUUUCACAAUACGCUCUAAGGAGAUGAGAGGAAUGGAAGUUAAGCAGGUAAAAAUGCUGAAGAAAGAUUCAAAGAGAACAGAUACAUCUAAAAUACAAGCUUUACUUCACAUGGACCAUAAGCAAGAAAAGCAAGAGGUGCAGGGGCCCAAGGACUUGGGCCAUCUUCUACUGCUCUCCCAGGCCACAGCAGAGAGCUGGAUUGGAAGAGGAGCAGCUGGGACUAGAACUGGUGCCCAUAUGGGAUGCCAGCACCGCAGGUGGAGGAUUAACCUACUGUGCCAUGGGGCUGGUGGAGAACUCAGGCGGACUCUGACCGUGUUCCACACUGCAGGCCUGGAGGGUCGCCUGUGUGAGUGUGGCUGGACACCGCACCUGAAAUCCUGACCACUUGGGCCAGUCCCUUCUCAGCUGUCAGGUCCACGGCAUCGUGGCAAAGAGCAGGAAGGCACACCCGGCUCGGCUUCAGGACCCUGGACACCCAGUGCUGGGCUUUUCCCCACUCACUCCACACGGUCCCAACUCUUUCUCCUGUGUGUUCGAGGACUUUCAUUGCAAAACAGCCUAAGCAUUUGGGCUCUUGUUACAGUCUGGGGGAGGACGUCGAGGGGCUUUCUUCUGGGCACACUAGUGGGAGGCACUAGCGGGGAAGGCCGGCCCAGCAGGUUGUCUUCAGUUCCAGGUAAGUCAGGGCGCUUGGGAGUGGCAGGGUGGAAUGCCACCAGAACCAGCUCUUGCCUUGUCCUUCACGGCUAACUGUCCCUGGGAAAGCUUUUCCUGGGGUCAUCAUGAUCGCUAUUCCCAACAAUUUUCAGCCAGCACCAGGGGCUCCGUCAUAAGGCCCGUACCUGUUCGGAUGACCCCUUCAUACCCCAGGCCCGGCAUGUGGCACACAGUAGGCCCUGCAAAUGUAGGGGAAGCGGGAUGCGAGGUUGCGCGAACCCGGAGGCAUUCAGGACCAGGGCGCGGCCGGUCGGAUCCAAGGGUGUCUGAGCUUUCAUUUCUAGGAUCCCGGCCCGCACGCGGCCAGGACGCGGGCGCCCCUCUCUUCCAGGCGCUCGGACCAGGAGGAAGGUGCACGCACACCCGGAGCGCCAGGCGACGAUGAGCGAGGUCGAGGGGGCCAAGGAGCCGGGGCCCGCCGUCAGAGACGCCCAGGCCCAAGGACAGACGUGUGCGGGGAGUCAGGUGCCCUGCGCGGCUCCACGCGACAGGUGUACCUCCCCCGCCCACGACCGACCUAAUUACACGGGGCCGGCCGCGCCCAUUCCUGCUCCCACAGAUGCGGGAGUCCCACGCAAUUCCCGCGCUCCUGCACCAUGGAGAAAUCGUGAGGUCGCGACUCUGGCUUCCGUGACCUGGCUGCCAAGCAGCACCCAGAGGCCUUCCCAAGGAAACACGUUUCCGGCUGACGGGAGACCCCUACACCCCCGCG